AUUAUCAAAAAGAAAAACAAAAAGUUAAAACUCUAAGAAAUAAAAGGGGCACGAGAUAAGUUUUCUGAACGUCAAAGGACUACUAGUACAACUUCUGGCAAAUACAACAACCUUGGGACCCGAAGUAGUACUACUAACUGAAAAAGAGUAGUUUUUGCCGCCGAUUGUAGAAAACUGUGAGUUAAUGGAUAAUGAGAUUGGUCGGAGAUGAGCAGACUCUCUCAGUUGUUGCAUCAAUGCAAACCCAUUGUUAAGGAAGCCCUUUCUCGCUCUUUCCUCGUCACCAAAUUCCUCUGCCUCUGUCACGUCACCAACACCUAUCUCUGUUCCCCAAUCCUGGUAUAUGGGCCGAGUAUGCUGCCGACGCUGAACUUGACCGGCGACGUUUUGCUGGUUGAACACCUCUCCACGUCGCUGGGGAAGGUGGGUCCGGGUGACGUCGUCGUUGUUAGGUCCCCUGAGAAUCCCAGAAAGUGUAUAACCAAGCGGAUUCUGGCCAUGGGAGGGGAGAGCGUCACUUUCUUAGUGGACCCUAAUAACAGUGAUCGGACUCGCUCCGUUAUGGUGCCAAAGGGGCAUGUAUGGAUUCAAGGGGAUAACAUAUAUGCAUCUAGGGAUUCCAGGCAAUUUGGCCCCGUUCCUUAUGGUUUGAUUCAGGGGAAAGCGUUCUGGAGAGUAUGGCCACCCGAAGGAUUUGGGAGCAUAGUAGAACAAUGAUACAGAACUUCCCCUUCCCAGUUGGAAGAUAUUACUUGGCAGAAGCAUUGUUUGAAGUAGACGCAUCCUGAUUAUGUUAAUCACCCUCAUUUUGUCUUUCUUUUUUUUUUUUUUUUUGUAUGCUACCAUUCUUUAUUUAUCCCAAAACUAAAUAAUUUGUUGAUUGUUGACCUCUUUGUAACUGAUAUCGCAUUGAAUUGAAGAGAAUUUUGGAGUUGAUCAAUAGGGAUGCAUUAACAGGGAGUUUUCCUGCUUUUCUUCUCCAUUUGAUUUCUUCAAAAAAUCUUCGUAAUAUUCGGCCCAUAAGCCUGAAAUUUUGAGCCCGUAAGAGAAAUAGUUCCACUGGACCCAAGAGGAAGCCCAAAAGAAACGAAAAGAAAACUGCAUAGCUGGAGCUUAUCUGGAAAAGGGUCCUUCGGCCUAUAAAUACAAUCCUCAAAACAAAUUAGGGCUUUAGAUUUGC